UGUUUUUCCGUUUAUUUCUAGGGGGAAAUUUGCAGUGGUGAGAAAAUGUAUAAAGAAAGAUUCUGGAAAAGAAUUUGCCGCAAAGUUCAUGAGGAAGAGAAGAAAAGGCCAAGACUGUCGGAUGGAAAUAAUUCAUGAAAUUGCCGUCCUGGAACUGGCGCAGGACAACCCCUGGGUCAUUAACUUGCAUGAAGUGUAUGAGACUCCGUCAGAAAUGAUCCUGGUCCUGGAAUAUGCCGCUGGGGGUGAAAUCUUUGACCAGUGUGUUGCGGACAGAGAUGAAGCCUUCAAAGAAGAAGAUGUGCAGAGGCUCAUGAGGCAGAUCUUAGAAGGCGUUCACUUUUUACACGCUCAUGACGUCAUUCAUCUUGAUUUGAAGCCUCAGAACAUUCUGCUGACAAGUGACUCUCCACUGGGCGACAUUAAGAUAGUUGACUUUGGUCUUUCAAGAAUAAUGAAGGACAGCGAGGAGCUGCGAGAAAUUAUGGGUACUCCUGAAUAUGUGGCUCCUGAAGUUCUCAGUUAUGAGCCUAUCAGUAUGGCAACGGAUAUGUGGAGCAUUGGAGUGUUAACAUACGUCAUGCUGACCGGAAUAUCGCCUUUCUUGGGCGAUAAUAAACAAGAAACAUUCCUCAACAUCUCACAGAUGAAUUUAAGUUUUUCCGAGGAAGAAUUUGACGUCAUCUCUGAGUCAGCUGUUGACUUCAUCAAGACACUUCUGGUUAAGAGGCCUGAGGACCGAGCCACCGCUGAGGACUGCCUGAAACAUCCGUGGUUGACACAGAGCCGGGGGCACGAGCCUUCUUCCAAGGAGAAAGACGCAUCAGCAGAAGCAGAUGGGCUCCAGGCAGGUGAUUCUGUGCCUGAAAUUAAUUCAGAGCCUCAGAAACCGGAAACUGAGGAGUCGAUCGUAACGGAGGAAUUAAUUGUUGUUACUUCAUAUACUUUAGGACAAUGCAGACAGUCUGAAAAAGAGAAAAUGGAGCAAAAGGCCAUUUCCAAACGAUUUAAAUUUGAGGAACCUUUGCUACAAGAAAUUCCAGGAGAUUUUAUCUACUGAGCUGUAUUUCCCUUUAGAACUUUCUAAGAUUUCUACAUUGGAAACAUUAAUAUUAUUUAUGGACUUCUGGCCAAAUGGUGCAUGUGCUGAAAGUGGAUAACCAGGUAUCCCUGAUAGAAACUAAAAUAACUUUGUCACACUGGUGCAGUUAGAGGAAUCAAGCCAGAUUUAUAAAGUUGCCAACCAGGAGAUUUAACGGGUAAAGUUAUCUGUUUCAAUGUCAUUUUUUUAAGAAGGGGCAUGUUGGAACCUUUUAUUUCUACGUCCUUUUUCUCCAGAAUGAGAAUUUGUAUGCAAAGAUAACUGUAUUCACUUUCCUUAAAAAUCCAAGUAAAAGUGCCAAAAUUAACGUCUUUGUAAAUCUA